CUUCAGCGAGGAAGCAGCGAGUUACUUUUCUUUUCUCUUUUAUUUAAUAAUAAAUACAAUGUCUAAAUCGCAAUUAAGGAAAACGGAGCAUUCGUCCAGCAAAUCAUUUUCAACUGACCGCCAGAAUGAGGCCGUUAAGUCCUCCGACAGUCUCGGGGAUGUCGGGAAAAGAGGAUCUCAUAUCUGGCCAGAGUGGAAUGAUACCGAAGUCAGCAAGGAGUUGGACUCUAAAGGACUGGAGGACAGAAAGUCGAGCAAGAGUCGCAUCCAUUCAUUUUUUGAAGAUCCAGAGGGAAAGCUUCCUUUGCCCCCCCCUCUUAAGGUGCACACAUGGAAACGUCCAGCAGAGUUCAUCGUUAAUAAGGAUGUUACUGUGGUCGAAAAUAAACAGGACUUUGAUCUGGUGUCCCCCAACAAUCAUCUAAUUGGUUGUGAGAUGAUGAGGUGGAUCAUCAGUGAGCUCCAUAUUGUUUGGAUGCUCAAUUCUGACUCAACUACACAAGAAGAUAGCUGGAAACCAUGGGAGCACAUCUACUCGCUGUGUGACGUGGUGAAAGGUCAUGUGCCACUUUAUAACAGCUAUGGAAAAUAUGUGAUCAGACUUUACUGGAUGGGAUCCUGGAGAAAGAUAACUGUGGAUGAUUCCAUGCCAUUCGAUGAGGAAAAUAAUCUGCUUCUUCCUGCCUCCACUUGUCAGUCAGAGCUGUGGCCAAUGCUGCUGGCUAAAGCUCUAAUUAAAGUGGCCUUCACAAACCCUACUUUCCAGGAUGGAGAAGAAAUGGGUGAAUUUUCCUUUAUCCAUGCCCUCACUGGCUGGACACCUGUAAUAAGCCCUAUAAUGCCAGGGCACUCGAAAAAAAUAUGGGAUUUCCUUCAAGACACCAUUCCUAAAUUUAAACACGAGGAUGAGAGUUUGGCAGCGAUGAAGACUGACAUUGAAGAUCCAGCUGGAGGGACAGUUUUCCAUCUAAAUGACAAUAAGAGUCUGCUGCUGGAGACAGAUAACAGCAAAGAUGCCCUAAAAGUGGCAGUUUGUGCCAGCUUCUAUCCUUUUCAACAGCAAAACAGUUUUGGGCGUCUUCAAACGGCAAAUUCCCAAGAACUUUUACGUCACUAUGGCUUGUCAAUGCUACAUAGCCAUGUUGUCCUGCUGACCAGAACCCGAACGUGUCAACUGCAUUCCACUCCCAAACCCUUGACUGUGCCCCAAUGGAAGCUCAUCCGUCCACGCAAGAAGACAGUGAUUUCAUCUGAACCCCGAAAGCCGCAGUUGCCAAAACCACAACAAUUCAUUGAGGUUGCCAGCCCUUUUCUGUUUGACAGUUUUAUAAGCAGAGAAGGCUGUAUCCCAGAACUUAGAGAGACCAAGCAGAGCACUGAAAUGAAGGGUUUCCAUGGAUCCCCUUUGGUGUUGAUUUCGGAGACAGAGGAGACAGAGAGCCUUGAGCUUGAUGUAGCUGAACCAAAUGCCACGGAUGAACUGAAGGUUACAGCAGAGGACACGAUAAAGGACAAUGAUCAUUUCUCUGAAGGUCAACCAACAACUGCGACAUCAGAAACUCGAGCCAAUGAUGCUAGACCCCUACUGAGGACAUGGCUGGACAUGGAUGACUUUGCAAAAUGUUUUCAGACUUUGUUGGUCUUUCAUAAACCCCAGAUGUAUAGUAAUCAUAUUCAUAAAUCACAUUUCAAGACCACUGUCCUGCAAAAAGAUAUUGGAGGAAACAAUGGCUUUGGAUCAUCUAAUCAGUGUCUUUUUAACAGAUCUGUGGAUGUAGCAAGUGCUGAGUGUGCAGAGGUGAGAGGGACUCACUAUCUAUAUGUCGUAUCUCUGCAACCUUCCCAGAUCCUCAUCAGUUUUUCUGCCCUCCUUUGGGGAGGAAUUGGUGAGAAGACAUCUGAUAUGGAGAAACAAUUGUCUGGAGUAUCCAGAUCUGGAGUGCUACUUAUUCAACCUCACUCCUGGACAAGCAUGCAGUCUCAGCUUCCAGUUCUCACCAUCAAGACCACCUACUCAAAGGCAGCCAUGCUUAGCUUACCAGCAGGGCGUCAUUUAUUCUGCCUCCAUGCACAUGGGACUCAAGGCUACGACAUCCACCUGUGCAGCGAGACGUAUUUUAUCAUAGGAGAUGAAGAAGCCAUUAUGCCCCAUCUUGAAAAGGAAAGAGCUCUCUUCACUGUGCAAGCCUCGACCAUAUUUAAGGCCUUGUCCAGCAUGGUUGCAUCCUUCAGUGAUGAGGAGAAGCUGCCAUCAUUUAGAGAGACUCUGGAAAAGACUCUUUUUCUCCAUAACAUCUGCUCCAAGACAGAUAAAUUGAAAUGCCAAAAGGUUUUUAACUCAGCAGUUUACCACAUGGCUUGUGAGGCCAUGGGCAGAAAGCUUACAUCAGAGGAGCACUUUGCACUUCAAGGCCUUACUGGUGACCCCUCACCCUUGACCUCGGACCUCGAAGAAUCACAUGCUACAGCAGAUACAAAUCCAUCAGAAAUAUGGGAAGACAGGGAGCCAAAGCACGAAGGGACAAACCAGGCAGACAUCAUUCUGCAAGCUGAAUCUGAAGGGCACUUGGAGGAAGGGAUGCCUAAUGUCUCAAAAACUGGAACAAAGGAAAACCCUAGAACUUCCAAGACUCUGUCAGAUAUGUGGCUAAAGAUUGAAUCAGAUGCAGACAAACAUGCUGCCUUCUUGCUACGGUACAUCAUUGAAAAUUCUGGAGAAAUUACAGAACUCCAAUGCUGUUUGCAGGAUGAAUCAGCGAGAAUCACCUUUGCUGAUUACUCCGUCUCAUUCAAGAAGACAACCCAGUCCUGGGUUUUGGUCUUCAGAGAGGUGUUCUUUGUUCCAGAGGAGAUGCUACUGGUACCAGUAGUUUUUUCUAUAAUCCCUAAUUGUUCUUUACAUGUUGUAAACAAUGACACUGGAGAGGAGAUUGGAAUGCUUAAAGUGCUUCCUCACGAUUAUAAACCCAACAAGCUUGGUUACACAUUUGUUGCAGAAUCAAUCAAUCCUCAGAUCCCUGCUGGUGAAGCCACGUGGCGACUACGUUUGAUUGGUACAAAAGAACCACUUCCAAAACUGUCCCGUGAAACUCCUGCUAGUACAUUCUCAGUGAAGGAAUUCCAAGAUUAUUACAUUCCAAACAAAGAAAAUCAUAUAUGUCGGUACUGUGUGCAAGUGACUACAGAUGUCCUGGGCACGAUUCAGUUUGAAACCUCUGAUCCACACGUUUGGAUUCAUCUGUCUGUUCUGGACGAAGAGGAGGAGGUGGCUGGUGUUACUGGGAGGGGCUUCGUUAUACUUCCUGUAUUUUUCUUCAUGCCCAACAAAGACCCGGGUUGUACAGAUAAAAAACAAAAUGUAUCCUUGUACCAAGAUACUUCUGAGCAAAGGCAUGUCACAGCCAGCCCAGCAGGGAGAUCAGACAUCCCAUCCGACCAGAGCAAGGAUCAUAAGUAUGUGGUGCAGGCAGAGGUGCUCAGUAGCAGCUGGACUUUGGAUGAAUCCCAGAUAACUUUUGUCCAUAUGCUACAAGAAAUAAAGAGGAAUGAAAUGAGAGUGUUCACACGUGAAGAUUUUAAGUCUCCAUCUACAACCAGUACAUCAAGCAACGAUGGAAAUAAGUCUAAAAAACACAAAACUACCCGAAAAAGUGAAGGUGACAAGCAGAAAAAGAAGACAGCUGCUUCUCCUAAAUCUGGGCGCCAGCAGGAAAGGAGUCUCGACCUGACUAAGCCAAACUGGACACUUCGUGUCGUCACUGACGAAGCCAAAUCAGAGUGCAUUGAAGUGAAAAGAGAUACGGAGAGAGAUGACCAGAUAAGAUCCAUUAAAAAAGUCUGGCAAAUGGCUGAGCCAGAACACUCUGAAAAGGCUGCUCAAUCCCGCCUCCUCUUUCUUAAUGCGGUUCAAGAAAAAAGCAGAGCCAUAGAUCCACCUAGCUUUGAUUCUGAUAUCCAUGUCAGUCCAUCCAACGAUAAAAUGAAUGCCCCCCCUCGGCCUUCUCUUCACUUCGACUACAGUCAUUUGAUCAGAUGCCAGAAGGAUUUAUCAGAGCUAGAGGAAUCGGAACGAGAGGAGGCCAGCCUGAAGGAAAGCUCUGAUAAGAUCCAGAACUACAGGUUGGCCCGUGAAACAGAGAUGGAGGGCUUCGAACAGCAGAUGGAGGAACAAUAUAAGUUAAUGGGGCAUUACCAUGAGGUGGAUGGCAUGCUGUUUAGUGAAAUAGAUACAAAUGAUGUCUGUUAUCAAGAAGACCACAGUGAACUAAGUUAGCUGCAUUUUUGUACUGGUUAAACAUCUCACUGUUCUUACUGUCUGCUCCUGUGUUCUCAGUAGAAGGCCAGUGAGGAAUCGUCCAUUGAUUGUAAAAAAUUUUGCAGCCAAUAUUAGCCUCAAUAAGUAUAAACAAGAAGAGGAACCAGCAGAAAGGGGCAGAGCUAUCAUCUCCAGAGGAAAAAAAAA